AUGGAUGAUGAACCUGUUAGAGGAACCCGAUCACUCGCUGAUAUUUAUCAGAGGUGUAAUGUUGCUGUAAUAGAGCCUGUAGGAUAUGAAGAAGCUGCAACUAAUCAGAAGUGGAUAGCUACAAUGAAUGAGGAGCUAAAGAUGAUUGAAAAGAACCAGACAUGGGAGUUGAUAGAAAAACCUAAACACAAGAAAGUUAUAGGAGUCAAGUGGGUUUAUAGGACCAAGCUCAAUCCUGAGGGUUCUGUAAACAAGUACAAUGUUCUUACAUACAAGGCAAGACUUGUUGUCAAGGGAUAUGCCCAAAUGUUUAGGGUAGAUUUUUCUGAAACUUUUGCCCUAGUUGGCAUGUUGGAUACCAUAAGGAUGUUUCUGGCUUUUGCUGCAUAA